UGAAGACCUCCCAAGAAUUGCUUCAAGCGCAGGCGGUUGUUGAUGACUUCAAGAAGUGAGAUGGAACUACCGAAUGAGCCCCCACCUCUCACGUGCUUUGCUUGUGUUGCCUAUAGUCGGACCACCAUGUCACCAUCUCCUGAUUCGUCGGAGCUCGAGAGGCUAUGGGAAGCGCAGACGCUUUUGGAUGCCAGUGUGCAUCCCCAGACCCACGAGCCCAUCCCCCUCCCCCUCCGACUGGCCGCAUUCGUGCCUGUCAACAUACCCAUUAUUUCAGGUGGGCGAGGCACUGCCAUAUACACAUACAGCUCUGCAUCUUCCUGCAGGCAUGUUGUUGAGUCCCGUCACGGUCGCCAAUGCUGCUCUCUGGCAAUGGGUACGUACGGCGGGUGGACAGCCAGUCAGUCGGCACAACUCACCCGUCGUUGGCUGUUCUGUCCACACACUGUAGGUCAACCAAACGUACAAUGCUCUGUUCAACUGGGCCAACUCGAACAAGUCCAAGGAUCCGUCCGAUGAGGAAGGCGACGAGGAGACUGCAAACAGUCUUAUAGCUUAUGGGUAGGCACUCACACAGCAGAGGGAACACCAUGGACCACAGAAGCUAUGAAUUCGCCUCUCCCGUGUGCGUCUGUCAGGUUAGCCACAGCGGUGUCUGUCGGCUUGGCCGUGGGCCUGAAUGAAGGCCUCAAGAGAGCCACACUCUCGCCCGGCAUCAGGUAGAUGGUGGAAUGGCGGAGACGGAAGGUCGCAGGCAUGUUUGAUUCUGUCUGCACAUUCAACUGAAUGUCACCUGGCUUCCGUCAGGACUGUGCUCCAGUGGGUGGUUCCGUUUACGGCAGUGGCAGGUGCUGGCGUCCUCAAUGCUCUGCUCAUGAGAAGCAACGAACUCAUUGAAGUGAGUGAGCCAUAACCACAUUUCACAAUCCAACGUCAGUCAGAUCCAUGAGUCACCGGCUCUCGUUUCCCGUUUCAGGGCAUUCCCGUCGAGGUAAAUCGUAGAAGAAAAACGCAGGCGUCAAAACACACGUGCUUGUGUUGCCUGUUCUUAGGACUCGUCCGGUCGAACGCUCGGCAGAUCCCAGCUGGCAGCCAGAUACGCACUCACACAAGUGGCCAUAUCCCGAAUCGUUUUGCCGGCUCCCGCCCUGAUCCUGCCUCCCCCGCUCAUCGCCCUUGCCCUCAGGAUACCGCUCGUCAGCAAGAGCAAAGCCUUGAAGGUAGCAUACAUAUUGAAAUGAGCCCUCUCAGUGUCUGUCCACACAUAUAUAUGUGUCUUCUUGUUUCUUGUAUAGGUGCUUAUCGAGGUGAGCGUAAUCUCGUUGGGUCUGUGGGGCGGCUUGCCUGCCGCCGUGGCCCUGUUUCCUCAGAAGAUGGAGCUGUCUGCCACUGCUCUGGAGCCGUCAUUUCAUGGUCUGAUGACUGAAGAUGGGGAGCCGGUCAAAGAGGUCUUCCUAAAUAAGGGAUUGUAGGCAGGCAGGCCAUGGAUCGGGAGGGGAGGACGAUCGGAUUGUAGCCGGCUGAAUUCAGCUCGUUCUCGUGUGUUUGUUUCUGCUGCUUCAUAGUGCAGAUCUUGCACUACACUAUGUGUGUGUGUGCAUCCCUUCGUCACUCGUUUUUUGCUGUCCUUUUUCUGGGCUUCCGUCAUGUCGCGGCGUGCGUGUGCUGUGCAAUGCACUCCUGUAAUACAUGCCCUCUCACGUAUGCAUGUUUCUGGUGAUGCGCUGCGUACGGCUGUCUGUCUCUCCGGGCCUGCUUGUGCAAAAACUACUGUGGCUCUGUCGCCGCCUUUUGCCUCUGUUGCGGCGGACACAAAAGGGUACGCAUGAUUGAUAUACAUACAGGUUUGGCUGUCUGGCCAUCGAUCGAUGGAUGGAUGGAUUUGCUGACGGGUGCUUGCUUGGACAGGGAUCCCGUCUCAGGAGGGCGGUCCCCUGGACGGCCCUCACUGCCUUUGACACAUGGACAUAGUAGGUAUCUCAAUGAUGUCUGACAGCGAGGUGGCAGGGCAGGACUUUUUGUCUGUCUGUCUGUCUGUCUGUUUCCUCCAAGCUGGAGGAAUGAUCUUUGAGAUAUUUCCUACGUACGCGCGUGAGCGCGCUGCUUGAGGAGAAGAAUGACACGUGUGAGCUAAGCUUGUGUGCCCGUGUGUUGCGUGCUGCGUGCGUCAAUCAGUCGGCCAGUCAGCUAUGCUCCAGCAGCGAGUGUUGAAUUUUUGACUCGCCCAUUGUGUGUCGGUGCGUGUGGGUGUGUGUAUGGGUUUGGAGCGCUGGAUGUGUCGUGAAAUGCACGACGGCGGGACGCCCGAUGGGGUAGG